AUACUAUAUUCUGACGGAAACCAUUCACUAUAAAACAAGAGAUGAAGCUGUUUUCUCAUGUCAUGGAUUUCCAAAAAGGUUUGACCCAAUGAAUCCCUAGAUAAUCCUUUGAUAGUGACACAGCAUGGAAAAUUUUGUCCUGUAUGAAGAGCUUGGGAGGGGAGAUCACUCAAUCAUAUAUAAAGGCAGACGGAAAGGAACCAUUAAUUUUGUAGCUAUCCAUUGCAUUGAAAAAUGCAAACGUCCAGAAGUGACCAACACAGUACGAAUGACCCAUGACAUUCAGAAUCCAAAUGUGGUGAAAUUCCAUGAGUGGUAUGAGACAAGUAAUCACUUGUGGCUCGUGGUUGAAUUGUGUACAGGAGGAAGUCUCGAGGUCCUCAUCAACCAAGACAAGAAUCUUCCUGAGAGCUCUGUCCGCACCUUCGGUAUCGACCUUGUCACUGGCCUUCAUUAUAUACAUUCUCUUGGCAUUCUUUUCUGCGACCUUCGUCCAUCAAAGAUUCUUCUCGAUGGGAAGGGCAUUCUGAAGUAUGCAGACUUUGGUUUAUCAAAAGUUGAAGGAGAGAACCUGGAUGAGUUGUUCCAAAAAUUCUCAGAGGCUGGAGAACAGUGGAGUGCUGAGCUGGGAGACGACCUGGCAUCAAUGAAGAAGUAUAAAUCUUCAGGUUCAACUACAUACAGUGCACCUGAGGUUUUACAGGGCGGAGAAGUGACCAUCCUGAGUGACCUGUGGUCACUCGGCUGUGUUCUGUAUGAAAUAUUCACUGGACACCCACCAUUUCUUGCUGAGUCAAUACAACAACUGAAGGAGAAAAUCAUUCAUAAGGCAUUAACCCAACCAAAGGUUAAAGGAACAAGGUUUUCGUCUAUGCCAUCACCUGAUUUUCUGAGUCUGCUAGAAGGCCUGCUUCACAAAGACCCAGAACAAAGAUUAGGGUGGCCGGGUUUGGUGAACCAUCCGUUCUGGCAGGAUCAGCUGGGUCACCUUGCAAAGGAUCUGGUGUUGUCGCAGGAUGUACACAGCAGCAUUGCCUCCACUUCACGCAGUAGUGUCUUUGUUGAUGGCACUGCAUCUGCCCUUGGUAAAAUUAAAACCAUAGAUAUGGGUAAGAGUACAGACAGACCCAUGUGCACUCUGGAUGUCCCUGACACCAUGCUCCGACCAGGAUCAACAUUGGGAGAUUAUAUGCGGCCCAAAACAGCACCAGGUAGUGACGGAGGAGCUACUCUCUUUACUCUGAGCACUCGUCCACUCACUGCCACACCAGAUGAUAGAGUGGGCUCCCCUCACAAGGCCACACAAUCCCCAUUGUCAACGAGGGAGGUUAUCGGAGCCACAGUCACAGGGGAUCAGAGUCAGGCUGAAGAGACGAGAAAUGAAGUUCUAGAUCUAGUUUUCCAUCCAAGUGACUUUCAGGUUACACCAAUCAUGGAUAACUCAAAGAUUCAGAAGCCUCCACCUUCUAAAUUUGAUUCAAAAAUUCUCCCUGUCCCUCCUUAUUCAGUGGAGAAGAUCAAUGCCAUGUCUGAGAAAGAUUUACAUAAACAUGUGAAGAACAUCAUGGACAAUCUGUCUAACACAGAAAAGGGUCCACCCUCUCAGAAACGUAUCCACCUUCUUCACUACCUGGUCAGUGUGGUCAGCUGUGCUUCUGUGGCCACACUGAUGGUCAAGCAGAAUGCAUUGACUGUUCUGGCCAAAGUUGUCAAGGAGACACAGCAUCUGGAAGUUAAAACUAAGGCUGCUCGUGUGAUUGGUCUGUUGGCUGUAAACACAGCGACACUGGACGAGACGACCAAUGUAUCUGAGACUUUGACCAUCCUAACAGAGGUGAUAAGAGAAAAUGUGAAAAAUGGUAAAUUGAAGCAAGGUGUUCUGCCAGCUGUUGGAGAGGUCCUGUAUAUGGUGGCUGUACAGGAACAGAGUCGAGUGCAGCCAGUAGAGGCAUGGACUGUGCCCUCAAUGACUUUUACAGUCAUAGCACGCUGUUGUAGGGAAGGGGAGGAUGUUGUGGUGAACCAUGUGGCUGCUAAGAUAGUAGAGAAUGUGGUGACAACACGAGGACAGCACACACAGAAAUUUGUGAAUAAUGAGAUGGCACAGUCCCUGUGGUAUAUCUUUAAACACUCUACUGUGGACUCCCUGCGGAUCACUGCUCUGUCUGCACUAUGUCGGUUGACAAGACAGAACCAGCAAGUGUUCCAGAGUGUGAUUGACACAGUGGGUCUGACAACAAUCAUGUCCGCCCUCUCCUUUGGUGUUACACGUAUACAGCAGGCCAUCGUGACCAUGUUUGGGGCCUUGAUAUCGUCAGGGACGCACCUCAACAGGCUAAUACAGGACAAGGACUUCCUGCAGAGGUUAAUACGGCUCCUGGACAGUCCAUCAACAGUGAUUCGGGCCAAAGCAUUCGUAGUUUUACACGAGGUGGUCAAAAGCAGCCAUGAAAUGUUGCUACAAAGUUGUCAGAUGAGGUUAGUGAUGUAUAUUGAGCGAGACAGCCGCAGACAGACGCCUCGUGAUGGUAAACCUGAGGGUAAUGAGUUUGGAGAGUAUCUCACCAAAUGUCUGGACCUGCUUAUCACACAUAUUGUUGAUGGUGUUCCUAAACUCUUCAAGGAAAUCCUGUCACCUUUGGACGCCAUUGCUGGUAGGAAGCAUCCUAACACUGUACAGGCCAAACAACUCAAGUCCAGUCUACCGUAUAUACAUAUAUUCUUACACCUAGUUACUAGUCAGGUGUUCAGACCUCGUAUUGUCAAUGAAGCAUUCAUCAGAAACCUGUCUACAUUGCUGUCUCACGUUCGUAGUAUAGAGAUGGGCGACACAAAUAUAGAGUCGGCUAGUGGGUCCAUCACUCCAGGGGAGUUUGUCAACACAGCUAUGUCUGUUCUGGAGGGAAUCUCUCAGCAUCCAGCCAUACUGACAGAACAUGAUGGGGUUAUUAUGGAAACGAUACUGCCUAUCCUUGCUACGCUGGUGGAAAGUCAGAACGGUGACACGAGGGCUUUGUCUCUGCGCCUGAUCUCCGACAUGGCUUCAGUGUACCUAAGCCAGGAUCAGUAUGAAAGUGAGGCUAAGAUCAACAUUACACAUCUUCACAAAACUGUCAGCGAUAUACUCCUUCCAAAGUUUGAGUACAUUCUGCUGGAUCAGGAACCAUUGCCUAGUUAUGGUAUGAAGCUACUGCUAGCCCUGUUAGAACACAGUGGAACUUUCAUCAAACAAGUCGAACAGUUGGGUCUUGUCUCUGUCAUAUUCCAAGUUCUUUUGGAUCAUCAGAGCAGACCACUAAAUAGUGCAGUACAGAGUAUUGCUGGUAUACUGAACUGUCUGGUCAGCCACAGGGAGACCAACAUGAGGGACCUUUAUGAUCAGGGCCUGAUAGACUAUUUUUCCACGCUGUUCUUUGAGGUGUCAGCUGCAUGUUUCGAGGGUGACGAAAGAGGAGGGGACAGUAAAGCCACAUUCACAAUGUUACAGGUUCUCCUCGACACCCUCAACAGCAUGUUAAAAUAUGUCUCCGAAAUUGUGAGGAAAGCUCUGCAGACAAAGAAGGCAGGUAUGGACGGAGGAACACGAGACGCUGAAGACGCCGAGCAGCUACUCCUCAUUAACAAGUCUCUGACAGAUGUCACGAACGUUCUAACCCAGCUGCUAUGCUGUGAUGACUCAGAUGUCCAGGAUCUGGCCACCAAGUGUCUGUCUCUCCUGGUCCAGCUGUUUGGGGGCGAGAACAAAGAUGCCAUGUCCCUGGAAAACAUGGAUUGCUAUAGCAGGGCCUUGCAGAAAUCUGAUGCUAAAAGACAGAAAGUCCUUCUAAGAAUCAUUAAACGCUUGUUGAGUACUGAGAAGGCACAUGUGGAUCUGAUGAAACAACAUGGGGAAGACUUGGCCACGACGAUACGUAAUCUUGUACAGACGGGGAAUUCGCACGCUGAUGUUGCCUUGACCUCUCUAGCGGCUGAUAUUUUGAAAUUGACAGAUUUCCAUCGGUGAUCACAAAGAAAAUAUUAAUGACCUGUUAAGCUGUGAUAAGAAAGCAACAUUCCAUUUCUAUCCUUAACUGGAAAUUUUCAAACAGAUGUCAGUUCAACAAUCUACUCCAGAUUCAAGAGUAUCAGACAUUUCACCAGUGACUUCAGACAGAAGUUGAUAUAAUCUGAUCAGGCCCAGGUUUCACGAAUCUUCCUUAAUUUAUGAAAUUUUCCAUAACUUAAAAUUCCCCAUAAGAAAACAUAAGGAAAUUUCCGUACAUUUCCACUGUAGUUAAGAUUUCUCUACAUUUCCACUGUAGUUAAGAUUUCUCUACA